AUGACGUGGUUGCUGAGGACUGUCGGGACUGACAGUCCUCAGCAAGCCCUAGAAAACCGCUCAUGCCGCUCGUUCGUUCGAGAAAUCCAUUUCCGCAGGCUCGACUCGCCGUCUGCAAGAGCCGCUGAUGCACGCCGAUCCACGCCGAACGCGACAGCGGAGAACGUAUCUCUGUUUCGUUUGAUUCUUCCGCGACUAUGCUUCGAACGCCCUCGCAAAAAUGAGUUCGUCGGAGGCGGGACGACCGGGAGCGUGAUCGCGAGUCGGCUGACCGAGAACCCGACGGCGAAGGUGCUGGUGAUCGAGGCCGGGUCGGCCGGGUCCAAACUCUCCUGCAUCCCCUUCCUGUCGCCCUUGCUCUGGUGGCUCACAAAGUUCGACUAUGGCUACACCAGCGAGCCUCAGGAGGGUUCCUGCCUCGCUCUCCAGGGAGGGCGAUGUCGUUGGUUCAGAGGCCGGAUGCUGGGAGGAACCUCUGCAAUCAACGCUGCAUUGUACGUCCGAGGAAACCGGAAGGACUAUGACAACUGGGCUUCCAUGGGGAAUCCGGGCUGGUCCUUCGACAGCGUGCUCCCGCUUUUCCAGAGGGCCGAGGACUUUCUGGUUCCGAGUGUUUCAGAGGAAGACGCCCAUUACCACGGGAAGGGCGGGAACGUCCCCGUAUCCCACUCCUACGUGACGGACGUCCUGCCCGCAUUCAUCAAGGCGGGAGAGAGCCUGGGAUUUCCCUUUAAUCCGGAUUACAACGGGGCGUCGCAGAUGGGUUUCAGCAGAGUGCAAUUGGCGGCCAAGGGGGGGAUCCGGUACAACGCCGCCAGGGCGUACCUGACGCCGGCGAGGCAGCGCAGGAACCUCCACGUCCUCCUCGACAGCCCCGUCGCCAGGAUUGUGGUAGACGAAUUGACGCGAACGGCAAAGGGGGUGGAGUACAUCACGGCAGACGGUUCCAAGCGUUUCGUAUCGGCAAGGAGGGAGGUGAUCCUGUCGGCGGGGGCUGUCGCCUCUCCUCAGAUCCUCAUGCUCUCCGGCAUCGGACCCAAGAAGGAACUCGAAAGGCAUGGGGUGGAAAGUGGCUUCGAAGGGACUGCACUGAAUUUUGGUGCUUCGAUGUCUGUUUUUGAAUUCAACUUCCUCUCCAAACAGAUCAAAUGCCUGGUGAACCUUCCAGUCGGGGAGAACCUGCAGAGCCAUGCGGGUCCAGGGGGACUCUCCUUCACUUUAGACCGGAAUUGGGGGAACUUCAUCCCCCACAUUCUCCUCGAUGUCAUUCCUCACGCCCUCAAAUACGUCUUCGAUGGCGACGGGCCCCUCUCAUCGAGCACGAUCGAGGGCUUCGCCUUCGUCAACUCCUCCCUCGCCUCCGAUCCGGACUGGCCGGACACCCAGCUCCUCCUCAGCCCGUUCAACAUCGGCACCGACGGGGGAUUGGUUUUUAGAUCCAGGAUCGGGCUUACCGACGAGGCCUGGAGCACUUACAGGGGACUGAAGUUCCGGCCUGGCUUUGAAAUUCAUCUCCAUCCCACGCGACCGAAAAGCCGCGGGAAGAUUCUGCUCCGCGGACGCAGCAUCCGCGACCACCCGAUCAUCGUCGCGAACCACUUCAAGGAACCGGAAGACGUGCAGAUCGUCAUCGAAGCCAUUCGUCUCGUGCUGCGCUUGGCAGAGCAGCCCUCGUUCAAGAGACUCGGUGCGGAGUUCUACAGUGAACCCCUGCCGGGUUGCAGGCACCUGGAAAAGUUCACGAAAAGGUACUGGGAGUGUCACAUGCGGCAGUUCACGUAUUUGCUCUGGCAUGAUGUCGGCACGUGCAAGAUGGGGCCUCCUACCGAUCCAGGAGCCGUGGUGGAUCCCGCUCUUAGGGUCUACGGAGUGAGGCAGUUGCGAGUGGCGGAUGCAUCCAUCAUGCCGGCGAUCGUCUCCGGCAAUACCAUGGCAGCAUGCAUCAUGAUCGGGGAGAAGGCCUCCGACCUCAUCAAGAUGGAGAAUCAAAGAAACGGAUUGAGAAUGAUGGGGAAAAUAGUCCAGCUCGUGGGAGUCAUCUUGAGCAGCAUCUUCCCCGUCAACGAGGUGGACAAUCCCGUCGGGUUUCUCAAUAGGCAGACUCGGAUAGACGACUCGUACGACUUCGUCAUCGUCGGAGGAGGGACGACCGGGAGCGUGAUAGCAAACCGGUUGACGGAGAACCCUCGCGUGAAGGUGCUGCUGAUCGAGGCUGGGUCGGAUGGAUCCUUGUUAUCCUUCAUCCCGGCCUUUGCUUCCUUCAUGUGGUGGUACACCAAGUUCGACUACCGCUACACCAGCGAACCUCAGAAGGAUUCAUGCCUCGCUAUAAAAGAAGGGAGAUGCCGUUGGUUCAGGGGUCGGAUGCUGGGAGGAAGUUCCGCCUUGAACGGCGGGAUAUACGCGCGAGGAAACCGCAAGGACUACGACAACUGGGCCGCCUUGGGGAAUCCUGGCUGGUCCUUCAGAGACAUCCUCCCCCUCUUCAAGAGAGCUGAGAACUUUCUCGUCGAGGACGUCCCGAAAAGAGACGCUCCUUACCACGGGACUGGAGGCUACUUCCCCGUGUCUCACACGUACGUCACGGACGUGCUGCCGGCGUUCAUCAAGGCGGGGGAAAGCCUGGGAUUUCCUCACAACAAGGACUACAACGGCGCUUCUCAGAGGGGUUUCAGCAGAGUGCAAGUGGCAGCCAACCGAGGCAAGCGAUACAGCACGGCCACAGGGUAUCUGAGGCCGGUGAGGAACCGCAGGAACCUCCACAUCCUCCUCAACGCUCCGGUCUCCAGGAUUGUGAUAGACGAGACAACGAAGACAGCGAAGGGAGUCGAGUACCUGACUAAAAACGGCUCGAGGCAUUUCGUCUCGGCGACGAGGGAGGUGAUCCUGUCCGCCGGGGUUGUCGCUUCUCCUCAGAUCCUCAUGCUCUCCGGCAUCGGACCCAAGAAGGAACUCAAAAAGCACGGUAUCCAGCCGAUUGUGGAUCUUCCGGUGGGAGAGAACCUGCAAAGCCACGCGGGACCCGGUGGACUCUACUUCGGUUUCACUCGAAAUUCUGGCCUUUUCGUCCCCGAGCUCCUCACCACCGAGUUUAUCCAACACGUGCAGAACUUCCUCAAGACCGGCGAGGGACCACUCUCAUCGCCAACGGGUUUCGAGGGCGUCGCCUUCGUGAACACGUCCCACGCCGCCGAUCCAGACUGGCCGGACAUCGAGCUGCUAAUGGGGGCGCUCACGAUCGCCACCGACGGAGGGAACUUUUACAAGCGCAGGAUCGGGCUCUCAGAUGAGGCAUGGGAAACCUACUCCGGACUGAAGCUACGAGCCGGUUUCGCAGUUUAUCCCCAUCCAACAAGGCCAAAAAGUCGAGGGAAGAUAUUGUUGCGCAGCGCCAACGUUUUCGAUCACCCAAUCAUUAUUGGAAACUAUUUCAAGGAUCCUGAUGACGUCAAGAUCACGAUCGAAGCCAUUCGUUUGGUACUGCGAUUGGGAGAGCAUCCAGAAUUCAAGAAAUUGGGGGCCAAGUUCUAUAGCCAAUCUCUGCCAGGUUGCAGGCAUCUAAAACAGUUCACGGACGAGUAUUGGGAGUGCCACAUUCGACAGUUCACGUAUCUUCAUUGGCAUGAUGGAGGCACUUGCAAGAUGGGGCCUCCCAACGAUCCAGAAGCUGUCGUGGACCCUACACUUCGGUAUGACUAA